GUGUGUGAUAAUACACGACUAUGGUUAAAAAUGGUCCACAGAACAUGUUUUUCUCCCACGAACAGAUUGAUAUCACACUAUCAGCGGUAUAUAGUUGUAUCACUUGUAUCAUACACGUGACUACGCGAGUAGUGCGUUAUUUUUUUGUUUUAGUUAUAUUUUGUUAUGAAUUUGAAUGUUAUUACAAUAUGAUAUUGACUACGAUUUAAGAUUUUAGUCCUUUGAGGAUUAAACUAAUUGACUAAGAAAAGCACAGCAGCAUCAUGACUAUGAAAGUGACAUCGAAAACGUUUAUACGCAAAACUAAGCGUGGUAAUAUUUUAAAGAUUGUACGAGAACACUAUUUGAGAGAUGACAUAGGUUGUGGUUCAAAAAUAUGCAAGAAGUGCAAGCACAACAACGAAAAGCCACUCGUCAAACAUCAAUCUAUUAACACCGAUUUCCCAGAUAAACAUUAUUUAUUAGUGGACACAAAUGUAGUUUUACAUCAGAUUGAUGCACUGGAAGAUGAUACUUUGAAAAAUGUUAUUAUUUUACAAACAGUACUCGAAGAAGUCAAACAUCUCAGUCAUAGUGUUUAUAAACGCUUAAUGGAUAUUAUAGGAAAUUAUUCUAGGAGUUUUUAUGUGUUUGUUAAUGUUUAUCAUAAGGAUACUUAUGUUGAACGUGUUCGAGGAGAAAGUCCGAACGAUUACAAUGAUCGUAUGAUCAGGGUAGCCGCUCUUUGGUAUAAUAAACAUUUGGACGAUAAGAUAAAAGUAUUAUUAUUAUCCAGUGAUGAAGCUAGCAAGGCUAAAGCAAUCAAUGAAGGAAUACCUACAAUGUCACUUGAACAAUAUGUUAGUGGAUUAAACAACGUUACAUUAACUGAUAAGCUGUCCAAUCGCUCUUGCAUGGUAGAAGAAACUAGUAAAGAACCAAUUUUUCCUCCUCAUUUGACCCCAGCAAUAAUACAUCAGGGCAUAAAGUCUGGAAAGCUAAUGCAGGGCACAUUUUUUGCAUCUACUGAUAAUUUCCUUGAAGGAAAUGUUUUUGUAGAAGGACAAGAAAAGAAUAUAUUGUUGCAAGGUAGAGAACAUUUAAAUCGGGCUAUUAAUGGUGAUAUUGUUGCCAUUGAAAUGCUUCCAGAAAGUCAGUGGAGUGCACCUGCUAAUUUAGUUCUUGCUGAUUAUGGUAAAAUUAUUUAUCUAGAAGUUUAUAGACAUUAUAUUGAAUACUUUGUAAACUUAAUAGAUGACUUGGACUUGGAAAAUAGUUUGGAUACUGUUGAAAAACCAAAAGAAAAGUAUCCAACAGGUAAAGUAGUUGGAAUAAUAAGAAAAAAAUGGAGACAGUAUUGUGGAAUUAUUCAACAUAGUCUUGUUGAAAAUGCAACUAGGCAUUUAUUUGUACCAGCAGAUAAAAAAAUUCCAAAAAUAAGGAUAGAAACUAGACAGUAUGACAAAUUAAAAGAUCAACGUGUUAUUGUUGCCAUUGACACGUGGCCAAGAACAUCAAGAUAUCCAUUGGGCCAUUUUGUUAGGUCUCUUGGAAAAAUUGGUGAAAGAGAAGCAGAAAAUGAAGUUAUAUUAUUAGAACAUGAUGUUCCACACAGUAAAUUUUCAGAUGAAGUUUUAGGGUGCUUACCAAAAGAAACAUGGACUAUAAGUGCCGCAGACUUGGUGGGCAGAAAAGACUUCCGUGAUCUGGAUAUUUGUUCAGUUGAUCCUCCAGGUUGUACAGAUAUUGAUGAUGCAUUACAUUGUAUGCCUUUGGAAAAUGGAAAUUUCCAAGUUGGUGUACAUAUUGCAGAUGUUACACACUUUGUUAAACCUGGUACAGCCAUAGACAUAGAAGCUAGUCAACGUGCAACUACUGUGUAUCUAACUGGAAGGCGUAUUGAUAUGGUACCAGGUUUAUUGAGUUCAAACCUAUGUUCUUUACGUGGAGGAGAAGAGCGUUUGGCAUUUUCUUGUGUCUGGGAAAUGACUCCAAAUGCAGAAAUUGUUAAUAGUUGUUAUACAAAAAGUGUUAUAAAGUCAAAAGCAGCUAUGACUUAUGAUCAAGCACAGUUAAUAAUUGAUGAUCAGAACCAAGAUAAUUCGAUUGCUCUAGGAUUGAGACAGCUUAAUAAGUUUGCAAAGAUUCUUAAAAAACGCCGUAUUGAUGCUGGAGCAUUGGUUUUGGCUUCACCUGAGAUUCGUUUCCUCGUAGACAGCGAAACAAGAGAUCCAUUAGAUGUAGAAGUAAAACAGUUAAAAGAAACUAAUUCAAUGGUAGAAGAAUUUAUGUUGUUAGCUAACGUAGAAGUUGCCAAAAAGAUAUACUCAGAUUUCCCAGAAUUUGCUGUUUUAAGACGUCAUCCUAAGCCACCACCAUCAAACUUCGAGUCUCUCAUUAAAGCAGCAGCACAUCUGGGAGUGGAAUUAAAUGUGGACUCCAGUAGAGACUUAGCAAAUUCUUUAGAUAAAGCUGUUAAACUAGAUAAUCCAUUUUUCAAUACAAUGCUCCGUAUUUUGGCUACUCGGUGUAUGUUACAAGCUGUUUAUUUUGCUAGUGGCACAAAAACCUUUGAUGAAUUUUUGCAUUAUGGAUUGGCAGCUCCUAUUUAUACUCACUUUACAUCUCCUAUUAGAAGGUAUGCAGAUGUGCUUGUUCAUAGACUUUUGGCUGUAUCUAUUGCAUCAGAUAGCACUACGCCUGAAAUGCUUGACAAACGUAAAAUUGAAGGACUGUGCCAAACUUUGAAUACCAGAACUCGUAUGUCUGCUUAUGCUGAACGUGCAUCAGUUGCUUUAAAUACUCAUAUAUUUUUCCGUGGAAAAAUUAGAGAUGAAGAGGGUUAUAUAUUGUAUGUUAGAAAAAAUGCUUUGCAAAUACUUAUACCAAAAUAUGGAUUAGAAGGAACUCUUUUCUUGUCACCCCGUAAAGGACAAUUGCAAGCUGCUACAUUUACAUAUAAUGAAGAUGAGCAAACCCAGCGGUGUGGAGAUAUAGUUUUUCGAACUUUUGAUCCAGUAAGUGUUCAGUUAAGUCUUGACAGCAGCAAUGUUCAACAUGAAAGAAUUGUUUUGAAGCUCGUCAAACCUGAAAUACCAAAUUUCAGUGUACCAUCUAUAAAUACAAGUACAGUUAGUGUACAACAACCACAAAAGAAUCCUCAUGAACCAAGUGAUUCUCUAUGUGAACCACAACUUAAAAAAGCCAAAAUUUAAAAAUGUAUUUUGUUUACUUUGUUACAAAUAAAUAUUAAAUAAUAUCAUAAACUUAAUACUAUAGUCUAUAACCAUUGUAUGUAAAUUCUACAAAAUAUAUUAUUAUUUAUUUUA